AUGUCUGUCUGUUUAGCUGUCACUAAAGGUGUUGCUGUGACUUCACUAGGCUUAUAUGCCGGUAUUCUAACUUGUGGUACAGUAUUAUGCUAUUCGUCUCCUGUCCAUGCCAUUUUAUCUUCAUUAGAUAUCGUAUCCCAGACUCAUUUGAAAGCUAUUAUUAAUAAUGUCGCUACUACAUCCGGUGUCUUAGGUUUUAUCAGCUCGGCAAGUUUUGCUGUAUCAUACUUUGGGUUACCAAAAAUUUGGAAACAUCCUUAUUUAAUCUACGGUAUGAUCGUGCCACCGCUGGUCUCAACGUAUCUAUGCAUAUAUAGAGCAAGCUGGACUCAUCGAACCCUGCUAUCAGAUGAGGAGAACGAUUCAACAUCCAUUAAGAUGGAGGAUUUGGAUAACUCAACCGUAGAUCUGGGUAAGACAAGCACCGAAAAUUUGAAGUAUAUCAAGUCGGUAUGCAAAAAGAUCGGUAUUCAUUUGUCUGUCGCAUCCGUAGUUAGCACUCUAGGUUUAUUACAAUCUGUCAUAGGCAUAUACGGUGAAGGACAGUUUUAA